AUGAAGAGCGGACGUGUGUUAAAGAUAUCAGUAGUAUGGUUGAUAACAGUAGAGCAGUGUUUUCUAAAGUAUGCUCUCGCACAAUAUACGUCCCAGACAUAUCCAGACCCAAGAAUUGAUCCGUUCAGUUGUCAUAUUCCUUUUCUGGGAUUAAUCUGUGAUCCUAGUGAUAUCUUAUUGCCAAAUGAAAAAGGUGAUCUUAUUAAUAAAAUCAAUCAGCUGCUCACACUUACCUCUCAAGUGCAUAACACAGCACCGGCGUGUCAAUCGUUCCCGGGCAAAAAUUUAGAAAUUUUGAUCGCGGUGAUCGAUAAAAUUGGUACCAUUCCCAUAGUUCCGGUUGAUAUCGAGAAAUUUGCGAAUAAUCUGAAAAGUCGCUAUCAGAACUAUCAAGAUGUCACCUUCUGUGAUACAACCGUGUUGAUUGUGAAUUCACGUAGUGAUCGACAAGUGUUUACUGUGGCCGGACGUGAUACGCGUUUAACGAAACAGCUUUUGAGCGAGGCGUUCAGUCAAAAUGUUGCUCAUUUUAAGGCACAUCAAUUUGCAAAGGGCUUGGAGGGUAUGGCAAAAUUGAUAGCGUCUGCAUACGGUAAAGCGCAUAACGGAGAAUUUGUUAUGCCUGAAACAUUGGAAAAAACGUUGGUCAAUUUACUUCAUGAACCGCCAACCGACUUACCACCACCAGUGAUCGCAAACGGUAUCCGUCAAACGACCGAUAAUUUGCAAAUUGAAAGUUCAUCUAACCUUCCGUCAAUCAAUACGAAUAUUCCACCGGUCGUAGUCGACAGCGGUAUAUCAAUAACUGACCAGACUGAUGAAAAGAAGGAAAGUGAACAACUUUGGAUCGAUGUUUUAAAACAGGCGGUAGCGAGAUGCGGUGAUAAUCAAGAUAUGAUCGGCAAAUACACACAGAGUAUUGUGGAAGAUGCAAUGUCCUUAUCAUUGCGGCUAAUCAAAGAUAAAUAUUACAAUUCAAUCGAGGAGAACAUAUCAAAAAAUGGCGAUAACUUGGAGUCACAUAGCGAUGCGUGGUCAAAAGCCCGUCACGAAUUCUUAGACGAUAUUUAUCGUCGUAACACACUUGCCAUCCGUGCGGAUACCUCUGAUCGUUGCCCAUUGAGAAGUGACAAUUUAAGAGCGGUCACCAAAUUUUGGAAUCGAUUUUGA